UAUAACCCACAAAUAACAUAGAAGUAAUUUGUAAGUACUUGUCCUUGAAAAUAUCCUGUAAUUCCCGACACAAUCUAAUUUCCUCGUCCUUUAUGCUUUAUCAACCGAAAUUAAGCCCAAAAAUUCAAGAUGGAUUCAUAUAAACCUUACGUAGCAGUUGUUGUGAUACAAGCACUGUAUACCGGCAUGCAAUUGAUAUCGAAGGUUGCUCUAAAUGUUGGCCUAAAGUCAUAUAUUCUUGUUUUCUACAGACAAGCUAUUGCAACUAUCUUCUUAGCUCCCAUAGCGCUGUUUCUGGAAUGGAAAACAGCACCUUCUCUAACGUUCAUGGCAUUCUUCAAGAUUUUUAUGCUUUCUCUUUUCGGAAUUACAUUGAGCUGGAAUCUCAACACCUUGGCUCUGCAAUACACAUCUGCAACUUUGGCUUCUGCUGCUGUUAGUACAAUUCCAGUCUUCACUUUCAUCCUUGCUGUUAUAUUAAGGAUGGAAAAAUUGAAUAAGAGGACUGUCCCGGGGAUUAUAAAGAUUAUUGGAAUUGUAAUAUGCUUAGGAGGAGCACUAACUAUUGCCUUCUUUAAUGGUCCACCUUACUUGAGAUUAUUAAUGAAUGAUCACAUCUUCAAGAAUCAUAGUCAAAAACAAGAUCGAGGUCAAAAUGCUACUACUUCUACCACCACCUGGAUAAAGGGGGUAGUUCUAAUGCUCAUUUCCUAUUUAUUUUGGAGCUCUUGGCUUCUAUUUCAGGGCUCAAUGAUAAAAUCCUUCCCAUCAAGGCUUUUAUGUACAACAUUUCAGAGCUUCUUUAGUGCCAUUCAGUGCUUCAUAAUUGCCAUUUCUUUGGAACGAAACCCCAAUGAAUGGAAACUUGGGUGGAAUAUCAAACUUAUAUCUGUUGCUUACUGUGGAAUUGUUAUUAGUGGUCUAACUUUCCACUUACAAGCUUGGGUCGUUGAUAACAAAGGGCCUGUCUUUCAAGCAAUUUGGACCCCGCUUGGCCUAAUUUCUACAGUCUGUUCAGCUGCUGUUCUAUUUGGGCUGAUAAUCAGCUUAGGAAGCAUAUUAGGUGCAGUUUUGAUGGUGGUGGGACUUUAUUGUGUGCUAUGGGGAAAAAUCAAAGAGCAAACCGAGGACAAAUUAGGGUUUGAAUUAACUGAUGAUAAAAAGGGAAUCGAUAGUGCAUCAAACGAUGACGUCAAAUUGUCAUCUGUAUAAGUUCUUAAUAAGAGUACUACUAUUACUGAUAGUGAAAAUAUAUUACCUUAUCGAUCACUGAAUAUGCAUGAUCAGCGUAUCAAUGAAUAAUUUAUUUACAUAAAAUAAUACUCUUAAUAACACGC